AUUCCACCUUUAACAAUAAUAUCACCUCCCAAAAUAUAGAUGGAGCUGAAUAAACCGGUUCUGACCGGUCUAAAUGUUCUUUUCAGUGUUCAUGGAUCGGCUCGGUUUGCUUAAGAAGACUUGUCUACGGUUGGCUAAUCGGUACGGAACUAGUCUCAUCCGCAGGAGAUCGGUGGGAUCUUUCGUGUCGAACAGACAGCUAAACAGAGCAUAAACCCUACGACCCAAAAACAAAGAGAAGAAACGACCACAAAAUCUCGUUUAGGUUUUCUCGGGCUCUUCUUCUUCCCGCGGAGAAAUGACAGAUUCAGGGCAUGAGAUCGGAAUCAGAUGCCAUCAUUGCGCAGGCCCUCUUACGAAAAAUUUGGAAACCAGUGAAUGGACUGUAGCUCCGUUCAUCAGGGAUAGCUUUUCUAUGAUUGGAUCAGCUGUUGGUGGUACUGCAAGUGCAUUCAUUGGAUUCAACCAUGCAAUGCCAAUUGUACGCAAGUGGAUAAAAGGGCCCAUGUGGUUGCAUUUUCUUGUUGGGGUAAGUGGCACUGUACCAGCACUGGCACAGCUCGCUUCAUCUUCAUACAGAGCAGCAAUCCAUUCGUCUCGGCCACCAGAGGCACAAGAGAAAAACAAAAUGCACAAGUCUACGACUUCUCCUCUGUAAACACAUACUGACACAGCACAAACUCUCUCUCUCUCUCUCUUUUGUUCUUUCCUUUUCUCCAUUUUGUAUGUCAGUCUUUUGUUUGAGAGAGAGCUUCUUGGUGUAAAUGUUUCUAUUUCAUACAACUCUCUGUUGCUAAAGAAAUCUUUGGCCAUGUCAAGGGCUUUAUGGUUUUGUGUCCAUGGAUCCUUCUCGGCACGCGUAAACAGAAAGCUCCAUUCACAUGUGGAUUCGUAAUGUAGGGAUCAUUUAUGUCGUUUCAGGAGUUGUGGGGUUUGUCAACAAUAUUUAAGUAGUUCUGGCUCUGUUUUGUUAUAUAUCUCUUUACUUGAGGGUAGUCUUGGAAUUUCAGGAUAAGAUGGGGUUAGGGUUUUGACGAAAGGCAAUAUAAAAGUGGAGCAAGUAAGAUGCACAAAGCUUCAAACUACUUGAUCUUAUCUGAGCUGAGAAAAAGGUUUUUAGGGUUUAGGGCUCUGACCUCUUCCGAUCUUCACCAACGAGCAACCCCAUCUCCUUCCUUUCGAGGGUUAUGGCCGGCGGCUCCGGUGACGGAAAGGUUUCGAUGCCUUUUUCCUUAUUUUCCCUUUGUUUUCUGCGAUGAAGACUGCUUGCUCCCUGAGCGCACGAUUAAUCGGCGCAGUGAUGGCUUUUGCGAGCUUUAACUCCCACCCAAAAAAAUAUGUGUUUAAAUUUUUGAUUUGAUUCAAUGUUUUCUCUUCUGGGUUUUUGUUUUUGCUCCCUUUGAUCGCUGAUACAAAUUUGUCGAUUCUGGUUUUCUUCAUUAGCAAAUUCUUUUCUCCUUUGUUUUCGUUUCAAUCUGAAUUGAGAUCCGUCUCACAGUUACAGUGUGUUGUUUUUCUUUGUAGCCUGCAAUACAGAAUAUGAUUCCGUUGGUCUAUAAGUAGACAAAGUUGCCUAUUGCUUCUGUUUAUAGAUUCGUAGACACUCUCUCGAUUGAAACAAAGUGUCUGAAGAUUUAGCCUUUAUGUUAUAGUGGCAUACUGAAUCAUUAUAGGUCAGAAACAUUUGGUUAACAUUACGAUUAGAUCCAUGUAAGCGUUAUAGAAGAACCUAAUAGAAUCUGGUCAUGUUUAAUUCCGGGAAGAAGAUGAGAAGCUUAUAUUCAAGCAGCAGCUUAGUGUUUCCCAUUUAUGGCUUCGUCUCCUAAUCUGUCUUCUUUCAUUGUCAUUGCAAGAACUAUUAAGUAUUUCUGAUCCCAGAGCUGUGCGGCUUCUUCUGAGGGAUCUCAGUGCCAGUUCCAAUGUUUCAGGCACUAGCAGCGGCUGCUCCAUUGCUCCAAUGGCGUUUGAGCAAACAGGACAAGGCGGUUCUCGGGUUUCAGCAGUUGGGGUCACUUUGUCUAAACACUCAACAUGGAAGACGUGAUGGCAAGGGAAAACACCAGCGGCUGGCAUGUCUCCACAUCUCAAUAUCUUAUAAGAGCACCAAGGCGAUUUCUGAGAUAAGAGCUUUUUGCAAACCCCGCAUCUCUGGUUUAUCACUGAACCUGGUGGAGAUCUCUGGGUUUCUACUUCUGCUUCAUUGGACCUUUCCACAUCUAGCACCAUGCCAUUGCUACUUGUGCUGUUGUUACUCGGGUUUGGUGAUGCUUCCUCUUCUGGCGAGUUCUGAUGGUUUCUUGUAGGCAUCAUAGAGCUGGAUUCAGGAUUUGUGGAUGAGUCUUCUUGCGAAUGGUCAGGUUCAGGAUUCUCACAGUCUGAAACUGGGUUGCAGAAGAGUCGAGGGUAAGAGCAAGGAGUAAGUCUUAAAGGCUGCUUGCCUGGACUCUCCCAUGUGGCAGAUGACGGUGGGUGAGACAGCAAAGACCUAAAACUCGGCGAGAUAGCUGUACAUGCUUGGUCAAAACCUCUCUCCUGUGACAAAUAAGAUCAAAGAGAUGAAACCAUGAGAAGCUCAUCACGUUUGAAGAUUAAAGACAGUGUAAAGACGAUCAACUUACCUCAUUCAACCAUUGAGGCUUUGAGCUGUUCGAUCUCGGUACACUUUCAACACGGCAGGUUUUGUGUUCAUUGCCACCAGAAGCUGACGAGUUUGAAGCCCAUCUUGGUGAUUGCUGAAAACAGGAUUCCAGACUUGUACUUUGUCUACUUCUGCUCGAGUAGAAUGCAAAGCCGUGACUCUCGUCGCUCAUAUCCUGUUGCAAUCCAUCUCUAGUAUAUCCAGCAGGCGAGUAGCUGAGAUUUGUCCGCCAUUGCAGGGCAUAAUCCUGACCCGAUGAAGGAACAUCCCUUCCUCUGUGGGGUGGUGAUUUUGAUGUUACCAGUGGCCUUGAGGCCACAACACAACAGAGUGCACCCGUUUUGAGCUCUGUUUUAUUCUCACCGCCUUCUUCAAGUCCGAAAACAAUGGUGACUGCCAAAAGGAAGUAAUCUUCUCACAGAUUGUGAGUUGACAUUCUCAAGGUCAAGACAGAUAGACUUCGUGCACCAAGAAGGAGGAUGUUAGAUAUAACCAAUGGUCUUUUGUAACUUGUAAACAUGUAGAAAGCUUGAGUUGAUUGUAAUCUUACCUUUAUAAUAAAUGAAAUUCUUUUGCGCACAGCUAAAAUCCCCGAGCUUUAGUGAUUAAAUCCCCCAACUCGUAGCUAAGUUCCUCUCAAACACCAAUCCGGCUCUGCAACGAAGAGAAGACCAGUAGUAAAAUGGAAUCAGCAAUGUUGAAUUCGCAACUAGAGCGCCUUUUAGAAGAGAGAACUUCAAUUUGGAAAGUGAUAAACUGGGUUUGAGGAAGAAAUACUGUAAUCUGGGAAUUUCGAUGGCGAAGGGGAGAGAGGUUUUGUAGAAUCGAUGGCGAAAAAGCGGCGAGCAGAGAGUACGCAAGAGCGCCCUUCUCUUUUGAAAUGAGAGAGAGAGAGAGAGACGAGGACUUCUACUUCGAUGAGAU